UCCGGAAGUGCUGCUUCACCAGUAAACAGUGUGCGAAUGCAGUUUGAGUUUGACUGUGACCGUGACAGUAUAAACAACUCCAUACAAACCUUUGUGCUCACUGAAUUGCAUUCACGUUUCAGUUUUAUUACAAGGUUACAUAAAACCCACAGCAAGGCAUCAUGGCAGCAUUAAAAUACGCGGGUUUGGAUGAUACUGACAGUGAGGACGAGUUACCAUCUGGCUGGGAAGAAAGAACCACAAAGGAUGGAUGGGUUUACUAUGCAAACCAUGAGGAGCUGAAGACCCAGUGGGAACAUCCUAAAACUGGAAAAAGGAGACGGGUGGCAGGAGAUUUACCAUAUGGAUGGGAACAGGAAACUGAUGAAAAUGGACAAGUUUUCUUUGUUGAUCACAUAAACAAGAGAACCACCUACCUUGACCCGAGACUGGCCUUCACUGUGGAGGACUCUCCGGAGAAGCCCAGCAGCAGACAGCGGUAUGAUGGGAACAGCUCCGCCAUGGAGAUCCUGCAGGGCCGAGACCUUACAGGAAAGGUCAUCAUUGUCACCGGAGCCAACUCUGGAAUUGGUUUUGAGGCAGCAAAGUCCUUUGCCCUACAUGGAGCCCACGUUAUCCUGGCCUGUAGGAACAGAACUCGAGCAGGUGAAGCGACCAGCCUGAUCCUGGAGGAGUGGCACAAAGCCAAGGUGGAAGCCAUGACCCUUGACCUAGCUUCUCUUCGCAGUGUGCAGGAGUUUGCAGAGGCAUUCAAGUCCAAAAAUCUGCCUCUGCACAUGCUCAUCUGUAAUGCGGCUCUGCUGGCUCAGCCAUGGCACCUGACAGAAGACGGCCUGGAGUCCACCUUCCAGGUUUGCCACCUGGGCCAUUUCUACCUGGUCCAGCUGCUACAGGAAGUGCUGCGCCGCUCUGCUCCUGCCAGGGUUAUUGUCGUGUCCUCGGAAUCACACAGGUUUACCAAUAUUGUGGAUCCCAGUGAUAAAGUGGCCCUCAAACUUCUCUCUCCUCCAAAGGAGGAGUACUGGUCCAUGCUGGCUUACAAUCGCGCCAAAUUGUGCAACAUCCUGUUCUCUAAUGAGCUGAACCGUCGUCUGUCCCCUCAUGGCGUCACCUCCAAUGCACUGCACCCUGGGAAUGUCAUGUACACCUCCAUUCAUCGCAGCUGGUGGCUCCUGAGCAUCAUCUUCUACUUGUCCCGGCCAUUCACCAAGUCCAUGCAACAAGGGGCGGCCACUACUGUCUACUGCGCCGUUACCCCUGAACUGGAAGGCCUGGGAGGGAUGUAUUUCAACAACUGCUACCGCUGCAUGCCCUCGCUGGAAGCCCAGAACGAAGGAACGGCCGCGUCCCUGUGGGAGCUGAGUGAGAGGCUGAUCCAUGAGCGAGCUGGCAGGCAGUCCCUUUAACCUGGGGGUUGAGGGGGUGAGGAAACAUGCUGGAGAGCAAGAAAAAUACUCCAGAAAAUGAAUAAAAAGAAAAAGAAAAAAAAAACCUAGCCCGAGUUUGUGCCGUGCUCUAGUUGCACAAGAAAACUGGCAACCCUGGAUCUCUUCCAGCCACAUCAUCUAGAGGAUUUCCUUAUACCUCAGAUACAGAUUAAAUAGUGUUAAGUGAAACAACUGCAGUCACAACACAGUGAAAAUGUUAAGUGCUGAUGGGAAAUAGGGAAUACAGCAGGUUAAAAGGGACAGUAUCUAUCUCCCUCUCCCUCUUGCUGCGUCUCCGGUGCCUGCAGACUGAUAAUCUGGGCCUGGAAAGCUACAUGUGCUCUCAUUACUAUUAAACAAUGUUAUACUUUGGAGGGGAGCAGGGGAUAUGCCUUAAAUAUAUCCUUAAACUGCAAACCUGUAAUGCAACAGCAGAGUUCCUAAACGCAGUUCUGCAUGCUUUGAUUAAUGCCAAACGACUGUUACUUGAAGCGUUUAACCCUUAUAGAGCAAACCUGACAGCCCCUAUCCUGUAUGCUUCAAACUAGAAAAAAAACCUCUCCUGUAAUAUUAGGUAAAUAUUGAGAUUAUCAAUAUUGUCCUUCAAAUUGGCACACAUUAAAACAUUACAAAUCUCUAAAUGCAAAAUUUUAUGUAGCAUGCUAUUUGUUACUGGAAUAUGUCUUGUAUUUGAAAUGUGUGUUUUUUAUUUUUUUAUUUCACUAAGCUUUUCCACACAUACAUCCAUAACACAUUCCAGGUAACACACACACACACACACACACACACACACAUAUAUAUAUAUAUAUAUAUAUAUAUAUAUAUAUAUAUAUAUAUACACACACACACACAUACAUACACACACUAGUAUUCAUUGAAGAGCUUUGAUCCAUAAGGGUAUAUAAGAACACAAUGCCAACUAAAAGCUUUCUUCCACCUAAAUUAUUUUCUGUUUUUCCACAUCAGAGAUUUAAACAUUAUAAUGAAGUUUUAACAUCAGUUUCUACAUGUUUACUAUAUCUAAUAAAAAUGGUAAUUUGAACAAGGGGAGAAGGAUUGUUUUCUUGGGUCUUGUUGCGUUCUGUUUCUUAUGCAAAUUAAAAACUUGAGAAGCACGGAUAAGUCUCAGAUUUUCACUCUUUUUCUACAAAAAAGAAAAGAAACACAGAAAGAGCUAUUUUAAACACUAUAUGGUAAUUUUGCAGGAUCAGCAGUAGGGUCUGUAAUAGGUAUGA